AUGAAAUCCGAACGAUUUCACAUCAUCCUGUCAACGACAUCUGAGUUCUCUAGAUCUGACUACGGGAUCAAACACUCCGCUCAUACAUUUCAAAAUUCGCAUCAUCACUACGCAUCGCGCAUGAUGACGGCCGCGGCUACUCCUCCCGGCGGCCUCUCGGCCGAGCAGCUCGCCAAGUUCAACGCCGACGGGUACCUCGUCAUCCCCGGCGCCCUCGCGCCCUCGACCGUCUCGUCGCUCCUCGACGAGACGCACAAGCUCCUCCGCGAGUUCCCCAUCGAGGACCACCCCCUCACGCGCUUCACAACCGGCGGCGCCUCGGACGCCGAGCACGUCGGCGACGACUACUUUCUCGAGAGCGGCGACAAGAUCCGCUUCUUCUUCGAGGAGGACGCCUUUGACGCCUCCGGCGCGCUCGCCAAGCCCAAGGAAAAGGCCAUCAACAAGAUCGGGCACUGCCUGCACGGGCUGAGCGGCCCCUUUGCGGCGCUGCUCGAGGACGGCGCGCCGGCGGGCGUGGCCCGCAGCCUGGGCUUCCGGGACCCGCGCUGCCUGCAGAGCAUGGUCAUCUGCAAGCAGCCCGAGAUUGGCGGCGCCGUGCCGCCGCACCAGGACUCGACGUUUCUGUACACGGACCGCCCGUCGGCUGUCGGCUUCUGGUACGCGCUCGAGGACGCGACGCUCGCCAACGGCUGCCUGAGCUUCCUGCCGGGCUCGCACCGCUGGGCGCCGGUCGAGCAGCGCCUGGUGCGCAGGCCCGGCGGCAAGGGCACCGAAAUGGUGGAUAAUGACGGGCCGCGCUUCCCGAGCGAGGACGGGUACAGCGCCGCGGGGGCGCCGGCGGGCGGGCCGAGCGAGGACAUGUAUGUGCCGGGCGAGGUGAAGGCCGGUGAUCUGGUGCUGAUUCACGGGAAUCUGCUGCACAAGAGCGAGAGGAACACGAGCGAAAAGGGACGCAUCAUAUACACGUUUCAUGUGAUUGAGGGCAAGGACAGAGUAUACGAUGAGAGGAAUUGGCUGCAGCCGCCCAAGGAAGGCUUCACGAAGCUAUAUAAAUGA